AGCCUGCCAGCCUGCCAGCCGGGCUCCAACAACCAUCCGUCGACUGACGCAUCCUUCGCAUCCCAUAACCAACCUUAGCUACUCCGCUGGGAUUCUAGCACCUUUUUUCUGCCUUGCUUUGACACGCACGCAAACUCGCAGUACGCAGCACGCAGCAAGCAUCCACCACCACCACCACCCACGCGUCGACGACACUCGGCCGUCUUGUCCUAUUCCAUUCAAUCAAUCACCCAACCGACCCCGCCUUACCUUUGCCGCCUCCGCCGCCGACGCCUUCCCUUGCGCUUGGCCAACCCCGAUCUCCCCAUCUACCACCGACCACCUACCUGCCUACUUCCCAGGACCGUGAAUCCACUUCUUUCCACGUUCCAUCCUUCACUACUCCAUCCAACAACCAACACUUACAUUUGAGCAAUCGCCUGCAUACACACUCUGCACGCCCCCUCGCGCGACAAAGUAGGCCCACAGCGUCAUUACGCAUCGCAUCGCCAAGUCCCCGCAAACCGCCCUGCGAUCAAGUUGUGGAAACCUAGUCACUCCACAAUUCACGCGCUCUCCGUUUGCAACCUUCCCUCUUUUCACCCCCAUCCCCCACCCCUACCACCUAGUCAAUCAGCAAGAUGGCCGACUUUGUCAAGCUGUCCAUCUUCGGAACAGUCUUUGAGGUGACGACGCGUUACGUCGACCUCCAGCCCGUAGGCAUGGGUGCCUUUGGUCUGGUGUGCUCUGCCAAGGACCAGUUGUCUGGCACGUCGGUCGCCAUCAAGAAGAUCAUGAAGCCCUUCUCCACCCCCGUCCUCAGCAAGCGCACCUACCGCGAGCUCAAGCUCCUCAAGCACCUGCGACACGAAAACAUUAUCUCCCUCAGCGACAUCUUCAUCUCCCCCCUCGAGGACAUCUACUUUGUGACCGAGCUCCUUGGCACCGACCUGCACCGUCUCCUCACCUCGCGGCCACUCGAGAAGCAGUUUAUCCAGUACUUCCUCUACCAGAUUCUCCGUGGUCUCAAGUAUGUCCACUCCGCAGGCGUUGUCCACCGUGACCUCAAGCCCUCCAACAUUCUCGUCAACGAAAACUGUGAUCUCAAGAUCUGCGACUUUGGCCUUGCACGAAUUCAGGACCCCCAGAUGACUGGCUAUGUUUCGACUCGCUACUACCGCGCACCCGAGAUCAUGUUGACCUGGCAGAAGUACGACGUUGCAGUGGACAUCUGGAGCACGGGCUGCAUUUUCGCCGAGAUGCUCGAGGGCAAGCCACUUUUCCCAGGAAAGGACCAUGUCAACCAGUUCUCCAUCAUCACCGAGCUCCUCGGCACACCCCCUGACGAUGUUAUCCAGACCAUUGCCAGCGAAAACACUCUCCGCUUCGUUCAGAGCUUGCCGAAGCGUGAGAAGGUCCCCUUCGCUACCAAGUUCCCCAGCGCGGACCCCCUCUCGCUUGACCUCUUGGAGAAGAUGCUGGUGUUUGACCCCCGUACGCGUAUCUCGGCCACUGAGGGUCUUGGGCACGAGUACCUUGCGCCGUACCACGACCCUACCGAUGAGCCUGUUGCCGCCGAGGUGUUUGACUGGUCGUUCAACGACGCCGACCUGCCAGUGGACACUUGGAAGGUGAUGAUGUACUCUGACAUUCUUGACUUCCACAACCUCGGUGACAUGUCGCACAACGAGGCCGAGGGACCAGUGACAGGGGACGUGACCGUUGCCGCGCCUGUCGCAUAAGGUGGCUGAGAUGCCGCUGCCUCAGUCUGCGUGCCGCUUUGGGUCUCGUGUACUCCUUUGACCACCAGUACUCCAUCCUACCUCCCCUAACUCUCUCGUGCCUAAUGCACCAUCGAACCCAUACAACGCUCCAUACCACCCGUCGCCGUAGCUGUACUUUGAGACAGAAGAAAAGAGGAUGCAGCAGAUUGAUUGUG